GGGCCGUUAUAACCCUACAGUAUGGCUUCCAAAACUGCCCAAAGCACACCGGCAAUCGCAAUCUCAACGCCAUCAACACUGAAAACAGCAACAUCAACAACACCACUGACGUCCAGUAUGUCCGUGUCGUCCGGCGUCAGCAUACCGUCGAUGCUGUCGACAUCGUCGGCCGAAUCGGCAAUGUCUGCCUCGUCCUCAGCGGCCAACCCGUCGACCAUCGUGAAGGCGGGCUGGCUGUACAAGCGGGGUGAGCACAUUAAAACCUGGCGCUCGCGCUACUUCAUACUGAAGAGUGACGGGACGCUGGAGGGCUACAAAAUACGGCCCGAUCUCCAGUAUCCGACCGAACCGUCGAACAAGUUCACCGUGCGCGACUGCCAGAUCAUGUCGAUCGAUCGGCCCCGCCCGUUCACCUUUAUCAUUCGCGGCCUGCAGUGGACAACGGUGAUCGAGCGCAUGUUUCACGUGGAGGGCGAGAACGAGCGCAAGGAAUGGGUCGACGCAAUCCGCAGCGUCGCCAACAAGCUGAACGAGGAGGAGGUGUACCAGGCGACGCUACCGAACCAGACGGCUGACGAUGAUUGUGAGAUGGGUUCGAUAGCGGAGGACGAGCUGGAGCUGGAAAAGAUGCCCGUGUACGGUACGGCGAUGGAUAAAGUGAGCGGCAAGCGUAAGGUGACGCUGGAAAACUUCGAGUUCCUAAAGGUGCUCGGUAAAGGCACGUUCGGUAAGGUGAUUCUUUGUCGCGAGAAAACUACAUCGAAGCUGUACGCAAUUAAAAUCCUGAAGAAAGAUGUCAUCAUACAGAAAGAUGAGGUUGCUCAUACGAUGGCGGAAAGCCGUGUGCUGAAAACGACCAAUCAUCCGUUUUUGAUAUCACUAAAAUAUUCGUUCCAAACGGUGGACCGUUUGUGCUUCGUGAUGCAGUACGUCAAUGGUGGUGAACUGUUCUUCCAUUUGAGCCGCGAGCGCAUAUUUCCGGAGGAUCGGACGCGCUUUUACGCUGCAGAAAUUAUUUCCGCCCUUGGGUAUCUACACUCACAUGGCAUCAUUUAUCGCGAUUUGAAGCUGGAAAAUCUCCUACUGGACAAGGACGGGCACAUUAAGAUAGCCGAUUUUGGACUGUGCAAAGAGGAUAUCACUUACGGCCGGACAACGAAAACGUUCUGCGGCACACCCGAGUACCUGGCGCCGGAAGUGCUGGAAGACAACGAUUACGGCCAUGCGGUCGAUUGGUGGGGUACGGGCGUCGUAAUGUACGAGAUGAUUUGCGGCCGGCUUCCUUUCUACAACCGCGAUCACGACAUACUCUUUACGCUGAUACUGAUGGAGGAGGUAAAGUUCCCGCGCAGCAUAAGCCCGAACGCACGCAGUCUGCUCAGUGGGCUGUUGGUGAAAAAUCCCAAGCAACGGCUAGGCGGUGGGCCGGAUGAUGCGAAGGAAAUUAUGGCCCAUCCGUUCUUUGCCAGCAUUAACUGGACGGAUCUGGAGCACAAGCGCAUCACUCCACCGUUCAAGCCGCAGGUAACGAGCGACACCGAUACACGCUACUUCGAUCGCGAGUUUACCGGUGAAAGUGUGGAGCUGACACCGUCGGACAGUAAUGGACCUUUGGGCGCAAUUCAGGAAGAGCCACACUUCUCGGAAUUCAGCUAUCAGGAUAUGGCUUCCACUAUGAACACGCCCAGCUUUAUGAACCAUUCGCACAACUUUCCACCGAUGCAGUGAGAAACGGCUGACUUGCACCCGGUGCCGGCCGGGUGUUGCGUGCGUGAAGCAAUUGCGUGU